UGCAACAAUGUCGGUCCUAUUUGUGGGAUUUUCUCCUCUUUAUGGUGGAUCAGAAAAAGCAGCUGAAUCUGCAGCUCAGGGUCACGUGUCCCUUGAGGAGAUAGCUGUGCAUUUCUCCGAGGAGGAGUGGUCUCAGCUGGAUCCCCACCAAAAAGCCCUGCAUCGGGAAGUCAUGCUGGAGAACCUGAGGAAUGUGGCCUCUCUGAGAGCUAAUGAGCAAGAACAAGAGAAAGAUGGGCCGUUCCAAAGGACCAGUCAGAAAGUGAGAAAAGAGAUGCUUGCAGAUCAAAGGGAACCAAGAAUCCAGAAGAGAAACCAGUCAGAAAAUGGAAGGAAGAACAGCUGCCCAAAACUCACUACAGGAAAACAGCAUGAAUGCAUGGCGGAUGGGAAGGCUUCCAGCCAGACGUUCCCUUUUUCUCUACACAAAAAAGAUUGUGUGGGAGAGAAACCAUACAGAUGCAUGGAGUGUGGAAAAAGAUUCAGGUGGAGACCUGCCUUUACUUCCCAUAAAAGGAUCCACACAGGGGAGAAGCCAUAUAAAUGCACGAAGUGUGGAAAGAACUUUCGUCAGAUCAGUUCCCUUGUUUCCCAUAAAAGGGUCCACACAGGGGAGAAACCAUAUAAAUGUCUGGAGUGUGAAAAGAGCUUCCAUACAAGCAGCAACCUUUCUUCCCAUAAAAAGAUUCACUCAAAGGAGAAACCUUAUAAAUGCACGGAGUGCGGAAAGAGCUUCAGGAGGGUCAGUGACCUGACUCUUCAUAAAGGGAUCCACACACCAGAGAAAUCAUACAAAUGCAGGGAGUGUGGAAAAAGCUUCCAUACGAGCAGGCGCCUUACUUCCCAUCAAACCAUUCACACUGGGGAGAAGCCGUUCCAGUGCCCGGUGUGUGGGAAGAGUUUCCGUGUAUUUUGGUCCCUUACUUCACAUAAAAGAACACACACAGGGGAGAAGCCACAUAAAUGCAUGGAGUGUGGGAAGAGCUUCAGCAACAGCAGUAGUCUUACUUUCCAUGUCAGGACCCACACAGGUGAAAAACCCUACACGUGUAUUGAAUGCGGAAAGAACUUUAGUCAGAGUAGUAACCUCAUUUCACAUAAAAGGAUCCAUACUGGGGAGAAACCGUAUAAAUGCACAGAAUGUGGAAAAGGCUUCAGCCAAAGCAGUGACCUUACUUCCCAUAAAAGAAUCCACACGGUGGAGAAACCCUAUAAGUGCAUGGAGUGUGGAAAGAGCUUUCGAUGGAGCACUGCUCUUACUUCUCAUAAAAGAAUCCACACAGGAGAGAAGCCAUAUAAAUGCACAGAGUGUGGAAAGAGCUUCAAUACAAGCAGCAACCUUUCUACCCAUAGAAGGAUCCACUUCAAGGAGAAACCCUAUAAAUGCACGGAGUGUGGGAAGAGCUUCAAUACAAGCAGCAACCUUUCUACCCAUAGAAGGAUCCAUUUAAAGGAGAAAUCCUAUAAAUGCAUGGAGUGCGGAAAAAGCUUUAGUCGGAAUUUUGACCUGAGUUCUCAUCAAGGAAUCCACAAGGUGGAAGCCAUAUGAGGACGUGGAAUUUGGAAGGAUUCUAGUUUCCAUAUAAAUCUUGCUCAAUACAAAGAAUGUAUACAAAAGCAGAGCGUUCUUGUAUGAUGCAGAGAAUAUAUGAAAAAGUCCAGUGACCAAAGUCCCUUGUUUCCCAUAGAAUGAUUGGCAGAAGGUAGGAACCCUAUAUGGAAUUUUGGAAGACCUCUAGUCGUAAAAUUAGAGCAACUCAUAAUGGAUAAUCAAAUGGUGAAUGAGAUCCAUUGUUUUGCAGGACCUUCCUUUUUGGAAAGAGUUUCAUGCUGAGAAAAACCUUAAACAUGUAAGAAGAUUUAAGAGAGCUUCAGUCAAAACAAUGAACUGACUUCUCAGCAAUGAACUUGUGGGCGGGAGGCCAUAUAAUUUGCAGCUGAGCAACUUUUUUGAGACUAAGAUCUAAGGCCAUUCUACAAAAGAAUGGUUGGGCCAUGAAGAAAGAUCUACAUUUGUUUUUUUCUAAUUUAUAUUUUCCUUUAAUUAAAUAAUAUUUGUUAAAAUAUUGUGAAUAUCAUUAUUCCCAAGGCAUUUUUGUAAUUCUCU